CAUAACAUUGAUUCGUGUCAGCGUCCGAUCAUCAUCAUCUUGGGAUGUCCGUUACAAACUCUAGUGGAUGUUAGUGGUAGGGUCUAUUUCCGAGGUUACAGUAUAUUUUUAAAAAGUAAACAAUGGCGCAUACGGAAAAUCAAACGGCUAUCAGGUUUAUACAUUAAUAUAUUAAAUUCAUAAUAUCGACCAGUCGAAUAUUGCUACUGAGUACAAGUCGAUGACCUCAGUAUUGUACACAGUGGAUAAGGCGAUAACUCGGAUAAAUCUCACAAACUUUUGAAGGGGAGUUACACAAAUAUCGGAAAUCCUCUGGACUAAUCCAUACCUAACACAGAAGAACAUGGCGAAGAGAAACGAUCCAGACUACUUUCGGUUUGCACACAUUGGUUGGGUGAUUCCGAUAUCUACGGGACUCACAGUGUUAACAUGGGCCUACUUUGACCCUGAAGGAAUUCCAUGGAUUUUUGGACCUUUGGGACAACUAGGAGCAUACCUAGGAAAAACCUAUCCCUCUUUGAUCAAAAGCAUGUUCUAUGUGACAUUUGCAGUACAUGUGAUUGAAGCCUUGUACUCCAUAAAAGUCUGCAGAGAUAAAAACCUCAGUACCUCGACGACCAUGAAAUGGUGCCUACAGACAUUUUUGGUUGGAUUUGCCUCUUUCCUUCGUCUAAAUAAAGUUGGAAAGGCGAAGACUAGCUGAUCCCCCAUUGCUCAACAACAGAGGCUUCAGUUUGAUAGUCAAAUCUACAUAUCAUAAAUCUAUGACAAAAAAAUUGUGAUUGCAAGCAUGACAAGACAGACAUAAUUUAUAACUAUAUUAAAACUGUUCAAUAUGUGAUAACUGUUCCAAUUGUCAUAGACAGCAAAUGCCAAAUAUUUUGUAUAAAUUGAUUAUUUUACAAUGGGAAAUAUGUGUACAAAGAACUAUGGCAUCAUCAGCCUUUAAAAUCUGAAGUCAAUUGAUUUAUCAGUAAUUUUUACAUUGGCCUAAUAAACUUCCUCAGGUACAGUACGUGUAAUUUACUUACGAAAUUAAAUUACAGUCAUAAACAUG